CACCAUGAGGAGAAGGCAUGCUAUAAGGCUGUCCAGAUGAGUGAGGAGGGGCCGUCAGCCGGCGAGCGCCAGGGCUCGCUCAUGGCGCUGGCCCAGAACUGCGCCGUGAUGCACAACCUGCUGGGGCCGGCCUGCAUCUUCCUGAGGAAGGGAUUCGCAGAAAACAGGCAGCCGGACAGAGAACUGCGUCCCGAAGAAAUAGAAGAGCUGAGAGAAGCCUUCAGAGAGUUCGACCGAGACCGGGACGGCUACAUCAACUGCCGGGACCUGGGGAACUGCAUGCGCACCAUGGGGUACAUGCCGACCGAGAUGGAGCUGAUCGAGCUCUCCCAGCAGAUCAACAUGAACUUGGGCGGCCAUGUAGAUUUUGAUGACUUUGUGGAACUGAUGGGACCCAAGCUUCUGGCAGAGACAGCGGACAUGAUUGGGGUCAAGGAGCUGCGGGACGCCUUCAGGGAGUUCGAUACCAAUGGAGACGGAGAAAUCAGUACUAACGAACUACGAGAAGCUAUGAAGAAGCUCCUCGGGCAGCAAGUGGGACACCGAGAUAUAGAGGACAUCAUACGAGAUGUCGACCUGAAUGGAGAUGGGCGAGUGGACUUCGAAGAGUUUGUCAGGAUGAUGUCUCGCUGA